AUGGAUGAAUCGCUGAGCAUCCCAUCGUACGAGGCUUUUCGUCUUCAGAACAAGCCACCUCAGGUAUCGCCGGACUUUUUGCGCCUCCGAUGGAAGCCUUUUGGCCCUAUGGCGACAUCAAUCCAUGUUGCCAACAGUCCAGGUGACCCACCAUCACCCGAGGACCAGCCUUAUAGUCAAGAUGCUAUGGGAUUCCAUCCAAUUUGCACUUCGUCGCUGACAGAGCCCCCGAUCUCGUCCAUUACGGUAACCCAGGACUGUCUUGACAGUUGGGAGGAGGACUGGGUAGAAUCCCACAUUCCCCACGCCGACUACGAUGGAGCAGUAUGGACGGAUGGCAGCGAGGAUGAUGAUGCUGUGGAUGAAGAUGACAGUCAUGGAGACGACGAGACAGGCCGCAAACUCAUGCGCUGCUGUGAUGAGAACCGCCCUCCCCGAAAGUCGCCUCAGCUCGAGAUCAAGGCAUCUAGUAAACCCUACCUGACAAUCCACGAUUACAUUGUCGCCGUACACGCCUUUCUCCAGACAAAUCGUGACGAUAUCCUCUCAGCCAUGGGUGUGCAUCAGGAUGGACCAGUAGCGGCGGAUACUAGUUUCUAUGUUCGGCCAGUAGAGCUCCGUACUAUCUCGCUUGAUGACGGCCAGGGAAGAGGCGACUUUGGAUAUCUUUGGUCAUCACUGGCACGUGUCGCCGCCCGUCUUAGUGGAGAGGAAGGCGAAAUCAUGACGAGGGCUGAGAUUGACGCAGCACGCCCGCCACUUGAUCCCCAAAAUGGGAUACAGCUGGUAUCUUGGGGGUCUUUGCCACCCUUUGUGCCUCCAAUAAAACCACGAUGGGAGGAUUUGCGAGCUCCGGCUGAGAUGCAUCGAAUUCCGAAUAGAUGGGUGCCAAUUAAUGGCAAUGACGCGAAGGACUUGGAUAUCGAUACAUCAAUGUGA